CCCCGACGGCCCAGCCCGCCGCGUUCUGCCUGCCGCCCGCGGGUGCGGAGUCGGGACCCCUGGAUUCGCGAAAUCUGUGGAGACACGUCCGAGAUCCAUAGCCUUUAGAUGACCAAAAUGGACAUCCGAGGUGCCGUCGAUGCUGCCGUUCCGACCAACAUUAUCGCCGCCAAGGCCGCAGAGGUUCGUGCCAACAAAGUGAACUGGCAGUCAUAUCUUCAGGGGCAGAUGAUUUCUGCUGAAGACUGUGAAUUCAUUCAACGGUUUGAGAUGAAGAGAACUCCUGAGGAGAAGCAGGAGAUGCUCCAAACUGAAGGCAGUCAGUGUGCUAAAACGUUUAUAAAUUUGAUGACUCAUAUCUCCAAAGAACAGACAGUCCAGUAUAUACUGACUCUGGUGGACGAUAUGCUGCAGGAAAAUCACCAGCGGGUCAGCAUUUUCUUUGACUGUGCUAAACGCAGCAAGAGCACUGCCUGGUCCUACUUCCUGCCAAUGCUGAACCGCCAGGAUCUCUUCACUGUUCAUAUGGCAGCAAGAAUUAUCGCAAAGUUGGCAGCUUGGGGGAAAGAACUGAUGGAAGGCAGUGACUUAAAUUACUAUUUCAAUUGGAUAAAAACUCAGCUGAGUUCACAGAAACUGCGUGGCAGCGGUGUCGCUGUUGAAACAGGAACAGUGUCUUCCAGUGACAGCUCCCAGCACGCGCAGUGCGUGGCCGGCUGUCUGCAGCUCAUGCUUCGUGUGGACGAGCACCGCUUCGCCUGGGCGGCCGCGGACGGGGUGAGCUGCAUAAUGGGAGUUUUGAGUAACAAGUGUGGCUUUCAACUCCAGUAUCAAAUGAUUUUUUCAAUAUGGCUCCUGGCGUUCAGUCCCCAAAUGUGUGAACACCUGCGGCGCUAUAAUAUCAUUCCUGUCUUGUCCGAUAUCCUGCAGGAAUCUGUCAAAGAGAAAGUGACCAGAAUCAUUCUUGCAGCAUUCCGUAACUUUUUGGAAAAAUCGACUGAAAGAGAAACUCGCCAGGAAUAUGCCCUGGCUAUGAUUCAGUGCAAAGUUCUGAAACAGUUGGAGAACUUGGAACAGCAGAAGUACGAUGAUGAAGAUAUCAGCGAAGAUAUAAAAUUUCUUUUGGAAAAACUUGGUGAGAGUGUCCAAGACCUUAGCUCAUUUGAUGAAUACAGUUCAGAACUUAAAUCUGGAAGACUGGAGUGGAGUCCUGUGCACAAAUCUGAGAAAUUCUGGAGAGAAAAUGCUGUGAGAUUAAAUGAGAAGAAUUAUGAGCUCUUAAAAAUUUUGACAAAGCUUCUGGAGGUGUCGGAUGAUCCACAGGUCUUAGCUGUCGCUGCUCAUGAUGUCGGGGAGUACGUGCGGCAUUACCCACGGGGCAAACGGGUUAUCGAACAGCUCGGUGGCAAGCAGCUGGUAAUGAACCACAUGCACCACGAGGACCAGCAGGUUCGCUACAACGCUCUUCUGGCCGUGCAGAAGCUCAUGGUGCACAACUGGGAGUAUCUUGGUAAACAGCUCCAGUCGGAACAACCUCAGACUGCGGCCGCCCGAAGCUGAGCGCGCCGUCCGGCCUGCCGCCUCCAGCCUGCCCGCGUUACCCGGCUCAGAGCACCUGCUGUAGGAAUCCGGCCAUUCGAGUCAGGAGCAAAUGAUGUUUCAUUUUCCUCAUGAUUUUCCUCUGUCGUGUAGCUUUUCCUCAGCGCUGAUUUUCGUUAAACACGUUUGCCUGUUAAAUUGUAUAAAAGUAGGUACUUUCUGUAGCUAAGGAAAAGAUUACUGUUACCUAUGCUGCUUGUAAUUUCUGUAUUUAUUGCUCUCUGGAAGUAUAGUUAUUAAAGAAAGAUUCUCACUUCAAAAAUAUUUUUCUCUUGUUCCUUACUUGGACUUUAAUAAAAAUCACCUAUUUCCCCAGCCA